UCUUUUGCUAUAUCAGUCGGUUAAUGAAACAAGCAAUAUAUUGUUCAUCUUUUUGUUCUUGAUAUAUUGUUUGCUUUGAAAAUCUCUAGUAACUUUCAAAACAGUUUCUUGAAUAAUAAAUAAUUUGGCUGCUUGUCACCAUGAAAUUUGAAGACUAUAAAAGAAGGGGAAGUUGUCGUAGUUUUAGAAAACCAAAUGAAUGGAUGAGGGCUGCUGUAAAGAUCAUAAUCUGUAUUGUUUUUGGUUUCUCCAUUGGAGUAUCAUUUAGGGAUAUUUCACCACCAAAGCUUAAACUCGUACCCUCAAUUGAUACAUACAUUGGUGACAAAAAUUCGGGGCGUUCUACACAAACUAUCUUAAAUGUGAAAUCUGUCUCAAGGGACAAUGUCUCAACCAAAGCUCAAAAACUUGGUGAUCAAUCACAGAUUUUCGUCUCAACGAACCCUCGCGGUGCGGAAAGAUUACCUCCAGCUAUAAUUGCUUCUGAAUCAGACUUAUAUCCUAGAAGAUUAUAUGGUAGACCUAGUGAGGACCUAACAUUCAAACCAAAGUAUCUUGUAACUUUCACUGUUGGUUAUGAUCAGAAAGAUAACAUUGACCAAGCAGUCAAAAAGUUUUCGGACAACUUCACUAUCCUUUUGUUCCACUAUGAUGGCCGAACAAACGAAUGGAAUGAAUUUGAGUGGUCAAAAAGAGCCAUUCACAUAAGUGUUCCAAAGCAAGCUAAAUGGUGGUAUGCUAAAAGAUUCUUGCAUCCGGAUAUUGUUGCACCGUAUGACUUCAUAUUUAUAUGGGAUGAAGAUCUUGGAGUUGAGAAUUUUGAUGCUGAAGAAUACAUCAAACUUGUGAAGAAGUACAAGUUGGAGAUAUCACAGCCCGGCUUGGAUUUAAAAAGUGAGGGUUUGACAUGGGAUAUGACCCAGAGACAAGAAGAACUUGAAGUUCACAAAAAGGUAAAGGGAAAUCCGGGCUGGUGCACUUACCCACAUUUGCCUCCAUGCGCAGCAUUUGUGGAGAUCAUGGCUCCCGUGUUUUCUAAAGAGGCUUGGCGUUGCGUAUGGUACUUAAUCCAGAAUGAUUUGGUCCAUGGAUGGGGUCUUGACUUUGCCCUACAAAAAUGUGUGGAGCCCGCAUACGAAAGAAUUGGAGUAGUAGAUGCACAAUGGAUUGUUCAUCAAGGCGUGCCUUCACUCGGGAACCAGGGAAAUGGAGAUGAUGGGGAAACUAGAUGGAAAGGGGUGAGGAAGAGGUCCCAAAACGAGUGGAAAAUGUUUCACGACCGCCUAUUCAAAGCAGAAGAAGAUUAUUACAAAUCGCUUGGCAUUGAAAAUACAGUUCCUGAAGCGAAUUGGGUGAAUAUGGAUAAAAAUAAGUAGUAUUGUUACUUGUUAUAGAUCCACAUAGUAUAUGAUUUUUGAGGCAGAUCUUCAUUGUUUUUAAAUGUUUAAGGUUGAUUAGGGUUGCAACUUGACUGUGUUGGGUAGGGUUGGGUUGGGUUGGGUUGUUGAAUUAGUCCCGACUCCACUUAUGACGGGUUACUAAUUCGCUGGGUCCAAGCCCGUCUUUGGAAGCUUUAACUUCAUAUUUCGAUAAGUCGGAAUCUGAUUCCCACCUUAUUUUGAUUGUAUUGGAGGUUAUCAAUUAAGAGUUGACAUGUGAAAUAUUCGGUCUUC